CUUUAAUGCCCAGUCCGAGCGAUGGAGUCGGAGUCAGGCGUCUUAGAGUGAUCUUAAACUUCACUCGGACUGGAACAGAAUUUAGAAAUAUUUAUAUGUAAAUAUAUAGUCAUUUUAAAGCAUUACGAACAAUUUGCUAAUUUAACCGCAGAUAGCGAGUGCGCGAGCUAACAAACCGGAAGUUGGACAAGGAUUAAAACCAAGCCCCGUUAUUGCAGGCUGCGGAAUAACUCCCCCUAAGCCGUCAUGUCUACUGCCGGAGACUUUGGGAACCCGCUAAGGAAAUUCAAACUGGUGUUUCUUGGGGAGCAAAGUGUUGGAAAGACUUCACUCAUCACCAGAUUCAUGUAUGACAGCUUUGAUAAUACCUACCAGGCCACAAUAGGAAUCGAUUUCUUGUCAAAAACGAUGUACCUCGAGGACAGAACGGUGCGCUUGCAGCUGUGGGACACAGCCGGACAGGAGCGUUUCCGGAGUCUCAUCCCCAGCUACAUCCGCGACUCUACUGUCGCCGUGGUAGUCUAUGACAUCACAAACGUUAAUUCCUUCCAGCAGACCACCAAAUGGAUCGAUGACGUCAGGACAGAGAGAGGAAGCGACGUUAUCAUCAUGCUGGUCGGGAACAAGACGGAUCUUGCAGACAAAAGGCAAGUUUCUAUCGAAGAGGGCGAGAGGAAAGCCAAAGAGCUGAGCGUCAUGUUUAUUGAGACGAGCGCCAAAGCCGGCUACAACGUGAAGCAGCUUUUCAGGCGCGUGGCUGCCGCCCUGCCUGGCAUGGAGAGCACACAGGACAAGAGCAGAGAAGACAUGAUCGACGUGACGCUGCAGAACCCUCCGGAGCAGCCUGUGAGCGAAAGCGGAUGCUCCUGCUAAGCCUCAGUCUCACUCACACUGCCCUCUUCUUCUUCUCUCUCUGUUUGUCUUUUUGUCUCUCUUUUGUCCUCCCCUGCCUCCAUUAUGUGCCGUUGCUGACUUCCAUCGUGGAACAUAAAGAACACUACUUCCUCCAUCCCUCUAUCAACUCAUCCGUCCAUCAUCCUCAACACUGACUCAGUCAUAACCUUAAGCUUUCAGAGCACAACAUGGAUGUGGACAUUUUUUUUGUCCGUUAAAAUCUAUUACCUUUUUUUUAUGAAUUAUUUUAUUUAUACCUUUUAAUGACUUAUUGCUUACACAGGACCGCGUUUGACCGAUCUAGGUGGGCAGCAUCUAACAUCUGAGCACUGAACAAUUGCAUUUACUUCUAAAACAAUACUGAUGAACCUGAUGAAUAAUUUUUGUUGUAAGAGGUCAAUCGAAGGGCUGUGAUUUCUUUGCAGGCUAGCACCUGUGCUAAACCUCUUACAACGCAAGCUGUUUAUGGACGCAUAUAAAGCACAGUGCAAAAAAAAAACAUGUUUACGAACUGUUGGCAAUGUUAAAGUCAGUAUAUUAAAAAGAGAUUAAUGUUUUUGUGAAUAAAGUCGAAACAGAUUGCAGGAGAGCGAUUCUCAACUUACGUUUCAAACCUUGUCUCUUUUUUUUUUUCCACUUAAAUCUUGGCUGACAUUUUUAUCUUUUUCUUUUUGACUGUUGAGUUCCAUAGCACAGUAGAGACACCAGUGCAGUAGCUAUAAUAGUUUUUUUUUUUUUUUUGUAUAUUAGAGAAAGUAUCAUGGAGGAAAUCUGAUAUCAAUAUGCAGGACUUUAAAAAGUGUAUUUUAUAAUGCGUCCACUGGCUUUUUGUUAGGGUUAUUAAUUUUGUUUGAUUUAAUGUAAUAUUGACAUUUUAGAUCUCCACCUCCAUUUUUUUGAUUGUUUUAUAAUAUUUAUUUUUUCUUGAUCAUUUUGCAUUUUAAUUUUUGUCAUUUUGUCAUUAUAAAGCUCAUUUUUCUUCCUUUUAAUCUCUCUGUUUGACAUUUAAGUUUAAACAUCUCAUGAUGCAUUGCAGUUUGUUUCUGGUUUUCUCCUUGGUGGAAAACCCACAUUUUGCAGUUUGUCAGUCCUGGCUUGUUUAACCGUCUCUGCUGUGUGUACACAAAGAUUAUAAUUUGCACUCCUAGACUACAUCAGUCUCUUAUUGAUGCCCCUAAUAAUAAAGACCUUUAUUUAGUAA